ACAGACAUCCGGAUGAAGACGUAAACAAGAAAACUGAAAACCAGUUGCUCAAGUAGUGGAAUUAUGGCAUUUUUGAACAGAAAGUCCUUAGCUGUGUGUUCUUUAUUGGUCCUACUCUGUGCAGUUAUUUAUAAGAAGCGAUCUUCUGAUUUACUACAAGAGAAAUUAGGUCGAGUGCUACAUGGUCUUCUCAGAGCAGAGAAGAAAGUAGGGGUUGGAAGGAACACGAGGAUUGCAUUGGGUUUUGGUGGCUGUGAAGAUAUAUUUGCAAAUUUUGAAGAAGUGUUUGCGAAAUUAAAUUAUACUUCACCAAGUGAUGCUGUUCAUGUUCAAGACAUCAAAUCAGAAUCAGACUUUAUGAAUAUUUUCGCGUACUUCUUUGGAGAAGGUGCUGCUGCCGAACGUUAUGUUGAGAAUGCAACGCUAUUUUCUGAAAUAGCUGCAGCUGCCAGAGAUGUUCCAAGUGCCCGAUUAGCUCUUGGAGGCAAUGCACCGGCUAUGGCACGCAGACUUGCAAUAGAGGGGGCAGAAAUUCUCCUGGCUGCUAGAUUUACAGAACAAACCCGGAAACAACUUCCUGAGUCAAUUAAAGUUUUAGGGAAACCAUUAGAUGUUGAUGAACUUCACCUUAUAUUAGAAUACAGUGCAGGCAGCAAGUGGGGAAAUUAUUCAGCAUCAAGGGCUAAUAGGUUUAUUAUACAUAGUGACAAAAGUAAUCCAUUCCUGGACACAUUAGAAGAUCUAGAAAUGGAGUUGCCGAGUUUUGAUCCCUCUGUUCUAGUGGUAGGUGGGUUACAGAUGAUGGAUAAUUUCCCGUUUGAAGAUGGAGUCCGAGAAGAAAGGCUGAAGAAACUGAAUGACCUACUUGUAAAGACUGACCGCACUACGAAGACCCAUUUUGAAAUGGCUUCAUUCAGUGACCCGGCCUUGAUGAAAGAAAUAGUAGACACUGUGGUUUAUCAUUGUGAUUCCCUCGGAAUGAAUGAACAAGAGUUACCUAAUUUAGUGAGCAUACUUACCAGAGGAGAAAUAGCUCUACUGUCUGAUUCCCGUCCAAGAAUUGCCACGGUUCUAGAUCAGAUGCGAACAGUUUUUCACCUUUUGAAAGACACAAAAGAAUCUAAUGGUAGAAGAAAGUUAACCAGGUUACAUGUUCACACAUUAGCAUAUCAGGCUAUUCUAACAAAGAAAGGCUCUGACUGGAAGAACACAAUGUCUGCCGCAGCAAAAGCUUCACUUACUGCCAACCGACAUGUCUGUGGUUCUAACUAUAUUGAUACUGAAAAAGCCAAAUUAUUGAUGGAUGAAUCAUUUUCUACGAGCACUUACGAAAAUUCUGCAGAUCGAAUACCACUUGAGGAACAGAGACCGGUGUCAUGCUGGUCUGAGGAUGAGUUCGAUAUCUGCCUGGCUCCUGUGCUCGUUUGUACAGAGGUACUGCAGACAGGAGGCGGGGGAGACAACAUCUCGUCUGCUGGGCUUCUUUAUCAAAUAUAACUUACAUUCAACAUUAUACAGACCAAAUAUGGAAACAAGCAAUAAUUGUUAAACAAGCAUUUUGUGAUUCUGUUUAUCUUUUUACUUGUUAAAUAUUUUUUUAGACCUUAGUCAGGUUUUACCUAACUGUCAUCAGACAGCUUCUUAGUCAUUUUUCUUACCUCUUUAAUCUGUAAAUUUUUGUUAAACUAAAAUUGUUCAUUUGUUGAAAAAUAAUCAAAAUAUCUUAAAACAGCUAUUCUUUUGUUGGAUAAUAUUUUUUUAUAUAUGAUAAUUUUGAUAAUGGGGUAGUAAUAUUUCCACCAUUUUUCAUUGCAAGUGUUAGUAAUUUAUGUUAAAGAUGUUUGUAUUUUUCAAAUGCCAGGCAUAUGCUUUAAAUUAAAAAGAAAUGUUUGAAAACAACUUUUUGUAGUAAAAUAAGAUCAGUUUUAUUUUUAGCUCAUCUGAUUUUUUGAAAAAAAAUGAUGAGUUAUUGUCAUCACUUGAGCGGUUGUCGGCGUCGGCGUCGGCGUUGCCUGGUUAAGUUUUAUGUUUAGGUCAGCUUUUCUCCUAAACUAUCAAAGCUAUUGCUUUGAAACUUGGAAUACUUGUUCACCAUCAUAAGCUGACCCUGUAUAGCAAGAAACAUAACUCCAUCUUGCUUUUUGCAAGAUUGAUGGCCCCUUUUGUACUUAGAAAAUAUCAGAUUUCUUGGUUAAGUUUUAUGUUUAGGUCAACUUUUCUCCUAAACUAUCAAAGCUUUUGCUUUGAAACUUGGAAUACUUGUUCACCAUCAUAAGCAGACCCUGUACAUCAAGAAACAUAACUCCAUCUUGCUUUUUGCAAGAAUUAUUGCCCCUUUUGGACUUAGAAAAUCAGUUUUCUUGGUUAAGUUUUAUGUUUAGGUCAGCUUUUAUCCUAAACUAUCAAAGCUAUUCCUUUAAAACUUGCAACACUUGUUCACCAUCAUAAGCUGACCCUGUACAGCAAGAAACAUAACUCCAUCCGCUUUUUGCAAGAUUUAUGGCCCCUUUUGGACUUAGAAAAUAUCAGAUUUCUUGGUUAAGUUUUAUGUUUAGGUCAACUUUUUCUCUUAAACUAUCAAAGCUAUUGCUUUAAAACUUGCAACUCUUGUUCACCAUCAUAAGCUGACCCUGUACAGCAAGCAACAUAACUCCAUCCUGCUUUUUGCAAUAAUUAUUGCCCCUUUUGGACUUAGAAAAAUGGUUGAAUAUUAUGUUUAAGUCAACUUUUCUCAUAAACUGUCAAAGCUAUUGCUUUAAAACUUGCAACAGUUUUUCACCAUCAUAAGUGGACACUGUACAUCAAGAAACAUAACUCUAUCCUGCUUUUUGCAAGAGUGAUGGCCCUUUUUAGACUUAGAAAAUCAUGGGUAGGACAAUAUUUCUAUUACACAAAAAAAAUCAGAUGAGCGUCAGCACCCGCAAGGCGGUGCUCUUGUUUAUGUAUGCAUUCCUACCAUGCAUAAUUAUGCUUUUACAGGCUGCCAUCUGAUUCAUAAUGUUAUAUUCCUGUAUUUUUGACCAAUAUUUUACAUAUCUGCAGAUGUCCUAUUUUACUUUAAUUUUGUAUAAUACACGGUAAUCCUAUUUCAUUAGCAUAUCUUGGCAGUUACAUAUUCAUCCACUCAUUCAACGAAGUACUGUAGAGUAUAGCAGUCAAAAGAACUGAUGGAUUGAUUUCUUUUAUAACCUAAAAUGAUUUGUUUCAUGUACCAGAAAUCCUGUAGUUUUGUCAAAAUCCUUAUCUAUUUUUUAAACAAAAUUAGUGUUUCAUGUUUUCUUAAAAACCUCAGUAUUAUGACCUGCUUUAGCAUAUCAGUGAUCAGUAGAUGAGGUGAUUUAUAAAGGUCUCAUUUCAAGUUUAUAUUACUUGAAAUUUUGUCCAGGGACAGUUUCAGGUUACACAAAACUGAAAUACAGUUGAAAAUUAAUUGUAGUCUUUGCAACCAGCGCAGACCAAGAUCAGUCUGUACGGGCAUGCACUGUUUGCUAUCCUGUCAGUACAUUUUCAGUGAGCACCCAUUCAGUAAUAAAUGGUAUUGCCCAAAUUGAUUGAAGGACUAGUCCAUUUUUAGAAAUUUAGUAGGCUAAAGGUUAAAUGGCUAAUGGCAUUGUAUGCAUAUACAUUGUAGAUGCCAAUUGCUGAAUAAAGUUGAGUUGAGUUGAGUAGAGGUAAGAAAUCCAGGGACAGUUUCAGGUUAAACAAAACUGAAAUACAGUUGAAAAUUAAUUAAAAAAAACACAAACAGCAAAACAACUUUUUGUAUGUUUUUAUAUUCUUUAUCUAUUAUUACCACUAUAUCAAAAGAUACAUAAUAAAGGCCUGUAAUUAUCUUAAGUUCCUGAAUGUAUAAGGUCUCUUGUUUUGAUAGUUUGAAAUCCAUAUAGUAGUCGCAACUUGACCGUGAUGGUUGACCUUAGGCUGAUUAUUCAUAUCGAUUAUUUCAUUGUAGAAAUAUGGGGUGCCUUAUGGUUGCCUUCAAUUUUAAAUUUAUGCAUGCAAAGAGAUGAAAAGUUUUAUGUACACUCCUUUUCAAUAAUAGGUUGUAUUUAAUUAUGUAUUAUAAUACAAAGGUCAACCAUCGGAGUCAAGUUGUGUCCACUAUACAGUGUAUUUAUUGUAUGAAUGUUUAUAGUAUAUGUUGAACUACUGAAAUUGCUCUUUGUUAUAACAUGAUAUUAUAUCUGCUAAUAGCUGUUAUGUCAUAAUGAAUCAUGUUUUACAAUUGCAUCUACUAAUAGGGUAUAUUGUACAAUCAUAAUGUUUGUGUAUAAAGGGAGGGGUUUGAUGGUUAAUUUUCAUAUACAAUAUCUAGUCUGCAGAUGUUGCUUCAUGUUCAAGAAUCGUUUUAGUCCGUAAAUGAAAAAGGAUGAUAGGACAGACAUAGAGAAUAACAGGUUACUGUCUUUUGAGAAAGGGUUCCCCAGACUCGGCUAGAUAUGGUCCUGGAAGGAGCAAGGCUUGCCGAGCUCCUUCCGGACCAUAUCUAGCCGAGUCUGAGAAAUCCCUUUCUCAAAAGACAGUAACCUGUUAUUCUAUUUAUCAUGCUAUUAUUAACAACUUCUAAUUUUUUGUUAAAUAGGAGCGUGAAUUACUGAAUAUAUGGCGACAUAACUGAUUCGUACAUCACAAUAAAGUAGGCGGGGCUCUUACAAUCUGAUGUCCUUGGACUUUAUCAUAGGUUUAGACAGUGUAGUGUUCUGCUUUUCUCAGACAGGCUUUAUCAGGCAGCUGUUAUAGUAAUUGCAUGAUAAAUUUGAUUUCAUUAUCCUGUUUUGUUGAAGGAAUGUUGCGAUAUAUGUUUUUUGAUUUUGAAAUAAUCAGGUUGUGCUGGAAUUGAUAAUAAUGAUAAAGGAUAAAUUUGUCCAUUUGCCCACAAGUCAUAAAAUUGUUCAUAUUUUGUAAUAAUUAGAAAAUAGAAUUAUGAUUUUCUGAAUAGCUGGGGGUAGUUAUUAUGUAAUAUUAGAAAUUUAGAAUGUUAGGUUUGUUUUUUUAUGUUAAUUUUUAUUACUGCAAUAAGAGAAGAUUUUUUGGUGUGACCUAAAUUUCCAGAAAUUUAGAAUGUAAUGUUUGGUUUCCCCAGUGUAAAAAAAUGACAUGUGUAUGUGAAAGUUUCUGUCACUGUAUGUUUUGCUUUGCUGUAUGCACUUCACUAUACUAUAUAAUCUGCUUUACUGUCACCAGCAAACAUACCACAGGAACCCUUUCCAGAACAAGCUUUAAAACUUGAAUUGCUUGUUAAUAAAAUAUUUACAGUGACUUUGUACGUCAACAAAUUUUUCUACUGAAAUAAAAUAAGAUUUUUUUUGUGUGACCUAAAUUUCCAGAAAAAAAUUCCAGAAAUUUUAUACAUUUAAAUUUCUUCCGAUUUUUGUUUUUUUGGUUUAGAGAAAUAAAUAUCACAUUGCUUUUCAUGGAACAGAAGUUCUGUCAGCAUUCAGAGAUAUACAGUCAGCCUCAGCUCUGGCUCAGUUGACAGUUUUCUUCUCAUGUUGACAGUAUUUGCUGUUCCAUAAAAAUUAAUGUGAUAUUUAAAUUUUAUGCUGUAAGCCAUAAAAUUUCCAAUAAAUUUAAUUCAGAGCUAUCCUAAGGAAUAUUUUUCAUGAAAUAAAGUGUGGAAUGAGAGAAAACGAAUCCCUAGCAAAACUUUCUGAUUUUACAACAUUUUCUGUGUUUAUUGAUAUGAGUGUCAAUUAAUUUGUUUUAACAGUUUGAUUAUUUUACAUUUGAAGUUCCCUAAAUGUUUUAAAAUUUUAUUUCACAUGCUUUAACCCUUACCAUGCUGAACACAAUUGAGUUUGCGUUUACUACCAGUGUAGAUCAUGAUCAGCCUGCAUGUCUGUGCAGUCAGAUCAAGAUCUGCACUGUUUGCCAUUCAGUCAGUAUGUAUCUCCUAAAAUACUAAAUGGUACAGUCCAAAUUGAAAGAUAGACAAGUUCAUUAUAGAAAUUUAGCAGGGAAAGGGUUAACUGGCUGAGUGACCCAGAUAUAAUCAGAACUUGUUUAUUGCGCAGCACAAGCUUUUAAAUCUGCUCAUUCACAGUUGUGUUCAAAAUUUGGAAUAUCUUCAUUUUGACUGUGUUCAAUGUAAAAUGUAUAUCUAACAUUAAGAAGCAACAGAAUAUGCAGAAAUUGGAACUGAUGUUUAUAAAAAAUUACCUGAAAUGUAAAAUUUUGUCCAUCAUUUCCAGAAACUCAGAAGCUUUACUUCUUUUGGCUGCUUUGUAAGAUUUCAUGUCAGUAGUUUUAUACCAAAGACCACAUCUCCAGAAUAUGAAAGGACUUCAUUUUUUCACUUUAAGCAAUGAUUUUUAUGCAGAUAAAGACAAUAUCAUUAUUAAAGCUGUCAUUUUGUUAACUUCGUUAAUAGGUAGUCAGUACACAUAUCCGCAUACCAUUAACAGUAUUGUAGACGUUAUAAAGCAGUAGUUUACUUUGUUAGAAUAGAAACAUUGAACUGCUGUGAUACUUUUUUUCCUAUAAUAAUGCAUAAUGAUUCAAUCGCGGGCCAAGUUUGUGUACAGUCUGAAGGAAUAGAAUUUUUUUCCUUGAUUUCAGAUUUUGUUAAUUUUUUUUCCUAUUGCAUCUAGUGAUUGGAUUAAUUUGAUCCGUGUGCAUCUUCUUUCAUUGUUUGCUUGAUCUUGAAGUCUGAGCACAACAGAAGUAUAAUCUUUAUUCAAAAGCAGAACAAUUUGAACUCAACAGCUGUUGCCAAGAACUGGAAAAAAAUCAUUAAAACUUAUGGUUUCAUAAGUUUGAGUAGCAACACAACAACAACAACAUGCCAAAAUAGUAACAACAAUAGCAAAUAAACCAAGAAAACAAAUUUUUCCAUGCACACCAAUAUACCAGAGAGUUCAUGUAAUGUAUAUAGUGUAUAGAACAGAGAAAUAGUUAAUACCAUUGUAUGUGAAGGCUGUGGACAUACCAGUUUAAUAUACCGGUAGUUCUGAAAGUUUGAUUAACUGGAAGUAACGUUUACCAGAUACUGUAGAAUAAAGCCUGGAUCUGGCAUACAGAAAUAAAACUUAACCUUCCAGAUUAAUGGCAACCAGUGUGUAUUGACACACUUCAUGGCAAUAUUACUGUCUUUCCAAAAAUAAAAUAUACUGGUAAAAUUAUUCACAUGUAAAAUAAUUUCUGAGGUAUCAAAAUUGGUUUGAAUUUGCAACAGCAAGUUUCAAAAAAAUUAGCAACUUUAUUUACCUUCUUAAUGGACCGACUACGAGAAUUUUAAAUAAAAUCUACAUCGUCGUAAUAUUUGUGAUUUUCCCAUAGACUCCCAUUAUGGAAAACUUCUUUGGUGACCUUUCUUUUGUCAAAUCAGUCUAAAAUCAAGUGCACAACCCUAUCUUUCUUACUUACCGAACAGUCAAAGUUACACAUUGAAUUCCAUGUUGUAGUAACGGAUUUGAUCGAAACAUGCAGAAAUAUGUUGAAAGGAUAUUUAUAGGGAAGUAUGGCAGUUAGGCAUGGUGAAGAUAAAUGAUAGAGAUCAUUACAGAAAAUGAAAAGAAUACUGUUUGUUCUGCUUUCCAUCUUAACAAGUACAGACUUUUAAGGUACUGAUGAUAAAAUUAUAUAUUUUUUGAUUGUUUUAGUGAUUUCCUGGUAUACCUUGUCUAUAUUUGCCUAUAAUCACCAAUGUAUGAUUUAAUAAAGUAUUAGUCAAAUAAC